CAGAAAGUUAAAGGCCCAGGGAAAUGGGAAACAAGCUGCGCCGCCAACCACAAAGAGUUGAGGUCGACGAGGAGGUGAGACCCGACCGCCCCCAGAAGAAGCCCCCCACCUCAUGGCCCUUCUGGCGUCUGGUCUACUGGCUGGGCGUCCUCUUCGUGGUCUCCGCCAUCGGUGUGGGCAUGUACUUUACCCUCGAGUCGGACUUUGGGGAGUGCUCCUCCUACGACGUCCGUUGCGAUUGAGUGCUGCCGGCUAUACGGAAACUUGCACGGAAAUGGCGGAAUUCAUUACCCAUUGAGCUUCAACUAAUUUGCAGCAGCUUUCCCUUGUAAAAACAAUUGUUUCGCAUUUAGCGAGAUCUAGAACGACACCGGAUUGAUCUUCGCUGGAAGGUCCUUUUCAUCAUACUUUUACUGGGUAUCAUCGCCUGUUCCUUUUUUAUAUACUCUACAGACUUGGCGAAGGUAAUCAACAUUGGAUUCAUAUAUAAAGUUAUUCAUGUGUCUGGACUCCUGAUUGAAUUGUGAUGUGAUAAGCUUGGUUAUUUCGCAAUCAGCUAGC